AUGAAUUUGAUGACUAUUUCCCAGUCCUUGGAUGAAGCUUACAACAAGCAUUCCAUCAUUCCCGAUGUCGUCGACAAGUUCGACACGCAAGGUUUGUUAACCAUUGAGUAUUCCAAAGAACACCAUGUCACUUUGGGCAACACAUUGAAGGUUGCUGACACUCAGAAGAUUCCAUCUAUCCAGUUCACCUUGAACUCUCCAAACCAGGAGAAGGAGUUGCAGGUUAACAGUGACGACAAGUUCACUUUGGUUUUGACCGACCCCGAUGCACCAACUAGAGGCGAUCAGAAGUGGUCUGAAUACGCCCAUUGGCUUGUCACCGACUUGCCAUUGAACACUAACAAUGCUGAUUCUGAGGAGUCCUUGUCUACGGUUUUGGACAUUAGCAAGGGCAACGAACUUUUGAGCUACGUUGGCCCUGCUCCUCCAGAGAAGACUGGAAAGCACAGGUAUGUUUUCUUAUUAUACAAGCAAGACCCCAAGGCUAAUUUGGUCACUCCUCCUGACAGACCAACUUGGGGAACUAAUGUGCCUGGCUCUGGAGUCAGAGACUAUUUCAAGAAGCACGGUGGCAGCUCUCAAUUGUUGGCUGUUAACUUCUUCUUUGCUCAGAACGAAGUUCAGGAGUAA